AUGGAUCGUUUGUGGGAUGCUGCUGAAUCAUGUAAAGAAGACAUUGAAUCAUGUGAAGAAGACAUAAAAGCAACUAUAUAUUCUUCCAAGUCAGAAUCGGGAAACGAUGACUUCUUGGUCGAAUUAUUUCAAAACGACCAUAACUUACUAUACAAAGUAAACAAGUCUUCACAUAGCAUAUUCCACGUUGCGGUUUUGCAUCGCUAUCCCAAAGUGUUCAACUUGACGUAUGAGUUGGGCGGUACCAAAGAUUUGAUUGCAUCAUACAUAGACAACGAUGGUAACAACAUUUUGCAUUUGGCGGGAAGAUUGGCUCCUCAAAAUCAACUUGAUAACAUCCCUGGUGCCGCUAUGCAAAUGCAACGAGAAGUAUUGUGGUUCAAGGAAGUAUUUAUUGGGCACAACAGUGUAAACAAGAAAAAUUCUGAAGGGAAAACGCCUCACGAAUUAUUCGUAUCUGAGCACAAAGAGCUGAAGAAAAGAGCAGAGGAAUUCAUGAAGCAAACCGCAAAAUCGUGCAUGCUCGUCGCCACGGUUGUGUUCACGACGGCAUUCACCGUCCCCGGCAACAAUAGGAUAAUCACGGUGUUUCCGGCUUCAGAAGUGGUGGUGAUGUUCUCGUUGCUCACCUCGAUGCUCAUGUUCUUGUCAUUACUCACGUCUCGUUACUCCGACGAGGACUUCCUCAAAAAGCUGCCCCUUUGUCUGGCGGUUGGCUUGUCAUCGCUCUUCGUCUCGAUUUUGGCGAUGGAUGUCGCAUUCGUCACGUGGUUGCGGUUUUUCGAGCACGGGUGGCCGGCCAUGACACUGCUCUUGAUCUUCUUGGUGAGCGCGCCAAUGAUGUUUAUGGUGUUAGAAUUUCCUCUGUUGGUGUCUAUACUUCGUUGUACCUACCACUGCACGGGGUUGUUCCAACCGUACAACCUGUUACAUUUCUAG